CACGACCUCCUGAAAAUCCGGGGAAAUGCCCUCCUCCUCUUUCUCCCUCCCCAACAUCGGAACUGCCAAUCUUACUGCUAUCCUCGCCACAUCUUCCCUCUACAUAUACUUGAUCGCAUUACAUCAACAUCAGCAGAAAACAUUAUUAGCCGACCAGGAACGCGAACAAGAACGCGUGCGGUUAUCUCAAUUACAAUCCCCAUCUCAGAAACAGAAACAGAAAAUCCAAACACAACCUCCGAAUUCACGAGGAGGAUACACCGAUUCACAAACUUCGAGUGGAAGUAGAACAAGAAGAUAUUCUGGGGAUCAAUCGCAGAUUGGAAAUCGAGACCAGAGACAAUAUUAUAAUUCCAGUACAUCGAAUUCCCAUCCUAAUUCAAAUACAUAUCGUCCUCCCCCGUUCAAGAUGUCUAAAACCUUUUCUCCCUCCGAAGUCGCCGCUCACAAAGAUGCCGAAAAUGGCAUGUACUUAAUUAUCGACGAGCAUGUAUAUGAUGUUACCAAUUUCCUCGAAGAACAUCCCGGCGGUGCAAAGAUUCUGAAACGUGUUGCUGGUAAGGACGCUUCGAAACAGUUUUGGAAAUAUCAUAAUGAGGGUGUGUUGAAGAAAUAUGGGGAGAAACUGAAGAUUGGGGCGGUGGGAGAGAAGGCUAAGUUAUAGAUGCAUUUUGAGAAGAUGGCUGGAUUGGAGUUGAGGUAUUGAAGGUUUGGGGAAGGAGGGAAGGAGAUGGGGAGUGCAAGCGGAAUUGUGUGCAGGAGAUACCUAGAUAAUGGGGAGUAGAUAUUGGAUGAUUAUAAACAUGCCUAUGAGGUGAGAUGAGUUAAAUUGGGAUACUAGAAAGUAUUUUAAGAUGGAAGAGAAGAUAUGUGCAUAUAUACACCAGAUGAGUAUUGAUAGAAAGGAUGAGUUCAUUAGACAAUUUUAGUUCACUAGCUAAGUUAUUAUAUCGUCUGCUGGACUAUGAAAUCUCGAGGUAGGUGAUAAGUAUGAUUAUAAGAAACGCCUACGU